CGUUUCGUGUGCACGGCAUCAAUCUACGUUCGGCGUUCAGAACAGUAGUUCCUCCAGCACUCUCCAACAAGAAACCACUGAUAACCAGAUAUGACGGGACGCGGUAAAGGAGGAAAAGGUCUAGGCAAAGGAGGCGCUAAACGUCAUCGCAAAGUGUUGCGUGACAACAUCCAAGGAAUAACCAAGCCUGCCAUUCGUCGGUUAGCUCGCCGUGGAGGAGUGAAACGUAUCUCCGGUUUGAUUUACGAAGAGACGCGUGGUGUGUUGAAAGUGUUCCUGGAGAACGUAAUCCGCGACGCCGUCACAUACACCGAGCACGCCAAGAGGAAAACAGUCACCGCCAUGGACGUCGUUUACGCGUUGAAACGACAAGGACGUACCCUUUACGGUUUCGGAGGCUAACCUACACACACAUAAUACAUACAUACAUUUUCAAAAAGGCCCUUUUCAGGGCCACUAAA